AAUGAAUCAGAUUUAUCAAAAAAAUAUAAACCAUUUACUGCAGAAUAAACAUUAUGUACAACGAUAACUUGAAUUGAUAUACGAGUAUACUAAAUAAUGUUAAUUUAAUAAAACUAAUUUAUAAUUAUAUUAUAAUAAAUUAACCUGUUCAUCUAUUAAUACUGUAAUAAAUGAUUCAGAUGGAAAAUCAUAAUGUUAUGAUAAAAAAGAUAAUUAAUAAAUUUGUAAUUAUGAAAAUAUUGUUAUUGGAAUUCUAGUACUUAUACAUAUGAUAUUAAAAUUUUACAUUUUAUAUUUUUAAAAUUGAGAAAGGAGAUUGUGAAUUUCAGGAUCAAUCAGAUAAAGAGGGUAAUCCAAUUAUAGAUGAUUAAGAUAAUCCUAUAACUGAAUAAGUAUAAAAAAAUGUAGCAAAAUGGGUUAAUGAGAAAAAUUAAAAUGUCCUUUAUGUUUAAGAAUGCUCAUAUAGAUAUUCUAAAGCUCUUUGUUUAGAAAUGAAUGAUGCUUAAUGUUAUUUUGAUUUACUUUAAGGUAGAUGUAAUCCUAUAUCUUAAAAUGAAAGAAAAUUAUCUAGUUGUGAUAAUGUUUAUAAUGUUGUAAAUAAUAAUUGUUUAGUAUGUUAAUCAAAAUAUGGAGUAUGGAAAGCAGAAACUAAUUCAAAUAAUUAUACUACCAAUUAUAAAACUUUACAAAGAUCUAUUAUUAAAUGCACAAAUAUAAGAAAAAAUGGAUCAACAUGA